GUGAGACUUCUCAGUAUUUGGUGAGUUGAGGGAGUAGACAAAGUUCAUCAUCAUGAUUCUCACCAUUACCAACAUGAUGAUGAGCUCAUGUUAACAGCAAGAACAGGUUCAGGUCCGGGAGUUUCCACCAAAAAACUACUACAGUUACCUCACUCUCUGUGUCUCUCCUCUUAACCCCAAUUGUAUGAAACAUUUGCAACAAGAAGAAAAAAAGUCGAAUUUUCCUUUGUGAAGAGAAAAGGUUCAUCUUUAUCUUCAUCACUUUUUGCCAUCAAAAAUUUUCGUGUAAAAGAUGAAAGCUUCAUCUUCAUGAUCAUCCCCAAUCAUGUGAUCUCAAUCCAUCAUCAUGUAUGUUGAACAGCCCAGAAAUGUCGAUAAUGUUAUCUCUGAAUCUUGAAGUAAACCAACUUGAACUUUUACAUUUCUUGAAAAAUUUUGGCAACUUUCCAAGUUUCCAGUCAAAAUGAGUAAACUCGAAGAUCCCAAAACCAGAAAUCAACUCGACUAGCAAAGUUCAAACCUCAAUUCGUAAUCUGAGAGUAAAAUUCAAGGAAAUGAUGAUUACAUUGGGUUGCUAAUUAAUCCAUCUUUUUACCAUUCCCAUUGUGAUUAACUAAUUUUUACCCUUCAACUGUUAAUUAUCAUUGAAGCUUAAUUGUUUAAUGUGUACAUUUACAAUGGAUACAAAUGUUUAUUUUCAUUUCAACAUGUUUACCGUUUCCAGUUUCAAUUUGUUAAUCUUUACCAUUUCAUCUUAUCCAACGAGUCGAUAAUGUUUCAAUUGAACUCUGUGAAUCUUGCAAGCUGGUUAAAUCCAAUUGUUGAAAUUAGCUUUAAACCCUUUCAACCUUUUACACUUGUUACUUUGAUAAAUUUGAAAUACUGGUAAACCCAUUAUGUCAACCAGUGAAUCCAAGAUAAACCCAGAUGCUGUUGGUUGGAGUAAACCUGAUUCUGGUUCACCGACAUCUCAGGGAAUCUCAACUGCGACAACCUCAUCAUCAACUAAGCCUACAAUCAAUUUAACAACAUUGGAUAAGAUAAAAAGAUUUUUCUUCUCCAAAGAAGAAUGGGAAGCUUAUUUGAUCGAAAAAUUGGAGGAACAAGAGAAGAAGAAAGGAGGUGAUUUAACUCUGGAAACUAAAUCAGAUAGUAAUUCCAAGAAGAACGUUGUUUCCUGGUUGAAAACAGUUUUUCCGAGUCAAGAAGAUGCUAACUCGUUCCUUAAGAUACAGAUUGAUAAGAUGCAAGAGAGUCAACAGUCAGCGCCUACUUCACCCAAUGUCACCUCAACCAGUUCACCGUCAGCAUCAGCUUUCACUUCACCCAAGGAGUUGCAAUCGGAGGCCAAAUUGACUGAGGAUAAGCCAACUUGAUCUCUCAAUCAAAUUCAAUAAGUACUCAUAAUAGACUCAAAGUGAUUCAAAAAACUGAACCAAACCAUGAUUAACCAUGAUUAACAUGAUAACGAUGUUUACAAUGAAGGUGAUGUUUACAAUAGUCAAACAUAAAUCCAAUACUUUAGUUGCAUUGAUAUGAAAGUUGACUUUUUUUGCAAUUUUAACCUUUAAUGUUUGUUGUUGUUUGAAAAAGUUUACAUUUUUUGUCGUUUCUUGUUUAUCAUUGUUACAAUUGAUGUGUUGAUGAACAAGAAGAAAAAUGAAAAAAAAUUGUUUUCCUUUUUUUUACCUUUUCUCUGGUUUGUUUCAUUCACUUACAAAGCACAUUGUAACAAUAUUAAAAAUUCCUGUUUUUCCCUUCUCUCAUUGUUAAUCUCAUAUCAACCAAUGUUGAUCUACCCAUGAUUAACAUGAUUUCACCCUGAGAAUUGAUCUCUGAACCAUUCUCACUCUUGUUUCUUCUCUUUUUUUUCAUUUACCUUUUUCCUGUUUUUUCUGUAAAUAUUACCUUCUUCCCUAAUCCAAUUGAUCACUCUAAUCUUGCUCUUCUAGUCAUGACUUUUCAACCCGUAAACAUUAUCAUUAAAUUCAAUUGUACAAUAAUUUCUGUUAUUAUAAUUAAUGCAAAGAGAAGAAAAUCUUUUUCCCUUUUUUUUCUUCAUAACUUUCAUCUGAAUCAUGGCAAAGUCAACAAAAAAAAGGUAAAUCUUUUUACCUCUCUUCAUCAACUGCAAUAAACGAAAAAGUAUUUUCAUCAAAACAUUAAUAUCAUUAUUAACAUUCUUAUUGUUAUCACAACCUUAAGCCGUGAGAAAUGAUAAUUUCUCCUCCUUCUUUACUCAUCUUCAUCCUCCUUCAACUUUCAAUCAAUAUGGUUGAGAACAUGUAAAAUGGUCAUCACUUAAAUUCUGAUGAUGACCACUUGUACUUCUUUCUUUCUCUUCUUCUUCUUCUUCUUCUUAACCUGAAACCAGUUUCAACUAAACUGCUGAAUCUUCAUUCCACUAAUAAUUCCUAGUCGUGAUGUUAUCUCUUCAUUCAUUCAUCAUCAUCCUCAUCAUUAUCAACAGAAAAAAAGCCAACUUGAAACACAGAAUUACCUGUAAAGCACCAAAGAAACGAUCUUUGUUCAUGACUUUUUCACUCUUCUUCUUGACUUUACUGGUUUCCUCUGAACAAUUCAUGAUAAAAGUGAAAUGAACAGCCAAAGAAAAGGAACAAUCUUUUUUCUUCUAAAAAAAUGUUUCCAUCUUUCCUCUUCAUCUUCAUCUUCUUCCUAUUUUCACCGAAAAAUCUUUUCCUAUUCAGCCAUCCUUAAUCACCAUUUUCCUUUUUUAUUGUACAAUUUAAUCAUCAUUCAUCAUCAAUCAAUGACCAAAAGUAUCAAUCACAAGUUUCAAUGUUGAUAUCAGACUAAUUCAAUUAAUCAAUUAAAGUGGUUUUAUUUCACCGUCAA